AUGCGAGAGCCACUAAUCGGAGUCGAUGGUCCACAGUUGUUCGUCUUCUCGAUGUUACGCCUUCGUCUUGGCAUCGAGUGUGAUCUUCCUCGGGCAUACCAGCCACAAAAGAUCAGCACAUGGCGUCAGAAAACACUCAGGUGGACAUUUCGCGAUCCUUUCAAGCUGUUGAGUGAAGAGAAAAGACUAAUCGCGAGGUCAUUACUUUUGACGGCAUUCGCAAUGUGGGAAGAAGCUCUAGAGGGAAGGGUUAAAUUCAAGCCAGUUCCUCGCACAAUUAGCAACGAUAACGACUUUCGGAAACCUUCCGAUGUGGACAUUGAUAUUUUCUUCGCCAAGGGAGACCAUGGAGACAUGGAGUUCAGUUCCUAUUUCACUUUCCUUUUUAUUGAUGCAUGGGCAAAAGUCUCCGUCAAGCAACUUUUGAACCAUUUUUGA